UCCCCUCCCAAAGAUUGGAACAUAGUCUAUGACUUAUUAGCAGAGUUCCGAAAGAAAGAAGAGGCACCUGUAGAUACAAUGGGUUGUGAGCGACUCGCUGAUCUUGACGCUGAUCCCAAAGUUCAGCGAUUUCAAACACUUGUUUCGCUUAUGUUAUCCUCUCAGACGAAAGACACUGUUACAAGUGCUGUAGUACGUAAACUACAAACAUCGCUAAAAGGUGGGUUAACUUUAGAAAGCAUUUUGGAAAUGGAUGAAGGUGCUUUGGAUCGUUUAAUCCAGCCUGUAGGAUUCCAUUCCAGAAAAGCAUCUUAUUUGAAAAGGACGGCAGAAAUCUUAAGAGAUCAAUACAAUGGUGAUAUUCCUGAUACGUUGAACGGAUUAACGAGUUUGCCAGGGGUAGGGCCAAAAAUGGCGUUUUUGACAUUGCAGGUGGCAUGGAAUAAGAAUGAUGGUAUUGGUGUAGAUGUUCAUGUUCAUAGAAUUUCUAACAGGUUAGGAUGGUGUAAGACGAAAACACCAGAAGAAACCAGAGUGAGUCUGCAAUCGUGGCUGCCUAAAAAUAAAUGGAAAGAUAUCAACCCUUUACUAGUAGGGUUUGGACAAAUUGUUUGUUUGCCACGAGGGCCCCGUUGUAAUAGUUGCCCUGUUAGCCGUUAUUGUCCUGCAUCAGAUAUUAAGACUGUUGUUAAAAGAAAAAGA